AUGCAGGUCAACACCAAAGACAACUCAACCCUGCCCAUUCGCGGCUCAACACAAAGAUCCCGACUACAGACACCAUUUGUACGACCUCAAAUGGCCAUGUUUGCGCGAGUGACAUCCUAUCCGCCCCUAGGGCAAAUUACCUGUGUCCGAAGGGCACAGAAGGUGCUACGCACCGAACAAGAAGAUGCGCUACGUUUCACUGUGACCAUCGAGUCCAGUACCUCGUUCCCCGCACAGUCAUGGGAAGCACAGAUCUGGCACAACAUCACUGGCUCCGAAUGGACAGACCUGCCCCUGCGAAAUUGUAACACGAAUCAUGCACCCCUAUUGAGUGGCCAAGAAAGCGACUAUAAAUACUAUCGUUAUGUAUUUUCAGAAGAGAUAGUUCUAUCUGCUGAAGGGGGUCAUGCCCAAUUCACGGUUCGAUUUCGGAACGGCCCAGAUGCAGAAUGGCAGUGGGCUAAUCAGAAGCAUCCCGUGAGCGAUGGCGAAAUUAUAUAUAGCCCACGCCAUUCUGAGCAUGAUAGGGUUGCGUCUACGGAUAUUUCGGAUCGAAUAGCCAAAGAGGAUCUUGGGAAGUAUAUUGACAAUCUCCCCGAUGAGCUGGAGAUUUUGUCGCGGCUGAGUGAGGCGCCUGGAGCACUACUGUGGUCUUUAACUGGUGAUAUAGACCCUGUGAGUGGAGGGGUGUCCACUUUCAAACAACUUGCCCUUGGAACUCCGUCAUCAACAGCGAGGUAUAUGUCGCUAGUGCGAGUCUGGAGUCCAUGGCUAGGCCCGAGGCAUGGGAAGAAUGAGUUUCGACUCACAGAAGAUGCGGUAUUUUGUUCAUUCCUGCGCACGGAUGGUGUACAUUUAGUUUUGUUGGCAGUAUCAGGAACCGAUAAUGUCUUGACUGUUUUCCAGUCCGGGAAGAAUGGCGAAGUUGUUGUUAACGCAAGGAGUGACAAUGCAGAGCUAUCCAAGUUCCAUGUGCUCAUUGCAACUGCAGAAAAUUUCGAAGUUGCCAUGUCUGCGGUUAUCUAUGAGGCACGAAAAGUGGUCAGACCAUUUGUCGAAGCGAUUGAUACGGCAUUGGACGAGCCUGUUCCCUUGUCCCCCCUGGCGAUGACACGGUGCUCGUUGAAAAAGAUCCGACAGCACAGUGGCUCUCUCAGUGGUUUGAUGGCCUCACGUAUUGACCUCACGGAAGAAAAAAUACUGCAUGCUUUGGAUUCAUUGAAAGCCAAUGGAAUCAACAUUGUAAAUCUGAUUAUCGAUGACGGCUGGCAACAAAACGAUAAUGAGGGACAAUCUCAGUUCAAGAGAGGUUUGAAACACUUUGAGGCGCAUGCGGAAGGAUUUCCCAAGGGAUUGAAGCAUACAGUCGAUUCGAUUCGCCAAAAACAUCCCCGAAUCGAACAUGUCGCUGUCUGGCAUGCACUGCUUGGGUACUGGGGAGGUAUAUCUGCAGAGGGUGAUCUAGCCCAAAGGUUCAAAACCAAGCAAGUUAAGAUCAAAGAUCCUGCCACAAAUGGACCUAUCGCGGAGAAUCUCCCAGACGGAAAUAUUCUUGCAAUCGAUCCGGACGACAUCCAACGAUUUUACGAUGAAUUCUAUAAAUAUCUCGCCUGUAUGGGCAUAGACUCCGUGAAAACAGAUGCACAAUUUUUCAUUGAUCUCCUCGAGGACCCAGAGGACCGCCGAAGAUUCAUGACUUCCUACCAAGAUGCAUGGUCUAUCUCAUCACUCAAGCAUUUCAGCAAUCGGGCAAUCUCUUGCGGCUCAAUGACACCUCAAAUAAUGUUCCACUCACAAUUGCCAACCAACAAACCAACUCUCCCAUUACGAAACUCCGAUGACUUCUUCCCGGAGAUCCCUGCCUCCCAUCCAUGGCAUUUAUUCUGCAACGCGCACAACUCACUACUUACCCGUUAUCUGAACGUCUUGCCGGACUGGGAUAUGUUCCAGACAAAUCAUCCAUAUGCGUCAUUCCAUGCAGCAGCACGAUGUGUAUCAGGUGGACCGAUCUACAUCACGGAUGAGCCCGGGAAACAUGAUCUUACCCUUCUUGAUCAAUUGACCGCGCAAACUGUUAAAGACAUCACGGUUGCUCUUCGACCGAGCGUGAUUGGACGCACUAUUGAUAUGUACCACGAUUACAACGAAGGGCAUGUCUUGCGCGUCGGAAGCUACACCGGCUGGGCGAAAACAGGCAGUGGAAUCAUCGGGCUUUUCAAUAUCCAUUCCGCCGAGGCUUCCAGCAUAGUCUCGUUGAUGGAUUUCCCAGGUAUCCACGAGGAUUCCCAAGGACAGUAUAUUGUCCGGGCACAUAACAGUGGGAAGAUAUCGGAUCUGAUGCGACCAUUGACUCAAGAUUGUUAUGUAUCAACAUUACUAGAGCCGAAGGGAUGGGAAAUCCUCACCGCAUAUCCGACUAGGUUGUUCACUCUGAAAGGGAGCCAUGGAUGCAAUGCUUCUGGUAAUAGUCUGACACAUGUUGCUGUGCUAGGACUAUUGGGCAAAAUGACCGGUGCGGCAGCUGUGAUCAGCUCGGAUAUCUCAAUGGUUGAAAAUGGGCGCUUGCGAUUUAACAUCAGCUUGAAAGCCCUGGGAACACUUGGUAUCUAUUUCUCAGAUCUACAAAACAGAAGUGUUGCGCGGAACUUCAUGGUCACGAUACUUGGAAAGCCGGUGCCACAGAAGACUGUAUGGAAGGAAGGUGGAGAGAGUGCUAAUGUGUUGGCGAUUGAUGUAUUGGCGGCGUGGAAAGCCAUGAAGUUGGACAGUGGAUGGAGUAACGAGGCAUUUGUGCAGGUUUUUGUUGGCUGA